CCCGCCCUGCCGCCAUGGCGGGGCUGGGGCAGCGCGGGGCGGGCGAGCCGCCGCUGCUGCUUAAAAUCGUGAUGGCCGGGGAGUCCUGCGUGGGGAAGACCUCCAUCGUGCGGAGGUACACGGACUCCGCCUGGGCUCCCACCUCCUCCUAUCUGGCCACGAUCGGCAUUGAUUUUAAAGUAAAGCCAGUAGUGUUUGAUGAUACAAGAGUGAAACUUCAAAUAUGGGAUACUGCUGGCCAGGAACGAUUCCAUACACUUAGUACUAGCUAUUUUCGUGGCGCACAAGGCUUUGUUCUUGUGUAUGACAUCACAAAUCUGGACAGUUUUCAAGGUAUAACAAACUGGAUGAAAGAUAUACAUGAGAAAGCAGGUGAUGAAGUGGACGUAAUACUGCUGGGCAACAAGUGUGAUAAGGAGUCAGAACGUGUAGUUCCAAAACAGAAAGGAGAAAAGCUUGCUUGGGAACAUGGAAUACCCUUUUUUGAAACCAGCGCUAAGGAUAAUGUGAACAUUGAGGAUGCAUUCUCAGUCUUGACUAAGGAAAUACUGGAAAAGAAAUCCUGUGUGUUAUACGACUUUGAUGUUGUAGCUCUAAAGGAAAGUAAGAAGAGAACCUGCUGCGCAUUCUGAAAUUGUUUCUUAUUCCAUUUCGUCUUGAGAAAAUAUUAACUAUUGCAAAGGAACGUACAAGAUUUUAAAAGUGGGCAUUCUUUGUAUUACACAAACUUCGUUGCCAAAUGUUUUUAUACACUUAUAUUAUAUUUUCUUAUUUUUAAUGUGGAGUUAAUUACCUGACUUUGGAAUUACUAGAUACAUCACAGGUUGACUGCAUCUGCAUACAAAUGUUUGCAGAAAUGAAAUCUAAGUGCACUAAUUAUAUUAAAAAAAACUUACCUUGGCUUUUUUUUUUUUUGUGUUAUUUUUACCAGAUUUGUAAUGUAAUAAACAUUGACAUCAUCACAUAGGCAACCCUCUGAUCUAUGAAUUCACUUGUGCUAUCCUCCAGAUAACAUCUCUUUGGUAUACCUGGUAUUUACUGCAUCUCCUAAGAUAAUUUUGGAGGAAUUUUUGCCUUUGUUUCUUUUAUAUCCGUUUCAGAAACAUAUCCAUUACAUGAAUAGCCUUGAACAGGGAUGCUGCAAAUUGAGGGCUGGGAGAAAAGAAUAAGCUGUGUACAAGAUCAGUAUUUUGGUGAACCACCCUUAAAAGGCAGAAAACACAGAACAACAGAAUGCUUUCACAAAUAAUUAUCUUCCUUAUAUAAACUUUUAUCAUUCUAUAAAAUAAUUCACCCAAGUAUUAGCAGCAUACCUGCAUUUUCAAAUGUUCCUUUUGUCAUAAAUAAUCACAAUAUUAAAAGGGUAUGUGGUGUUUGCUUGAUAUUGUGAGAUAAUUAUGUUAUUUUCUUAGAGUGUAAAUACAUCAGGUAUCUGAUUCUGUUCACUUAUAUAUAUUUUAUAUUGGUUAUGUAAUAUCUUUAAUUUCAGUGGAGGAUAUCAGAUUUUAUUUAAAUGAGGGCAGUAUCAGAAUGCCAUUUUCUUUUGCUUUAAUCAAAAGCCAAGUGAACACAAAUCAAACCUGCAGAACACACACAAAGCAAACACAAGUUGGGAAAUCUGAAGACCUGUGAUUAUAUUGUCCUUUCAUUAUUUAUUUAUUUAUUUAUUGCCUGGGAGAUGUGGUUCCUGCUGAUUAAUAAAUUUAAUUAUUUUAUCACCAUUUGUGAAUGAAUAAUACCACUGUGCAGAAUUGUGUUGUGACCUACCUCUGCACAUACAGAAUAACAAACUCUGCUGCCUUAUUGUCUUGGAAUGUCAUUACCCUCCUGAAGUAUGCCUGCUUCUUUUUUGAGGGCUGUUUGCAGAUUGCCAUAAUAUCAAGGUAUUAUCAAAUCUGGUAUUGAGAUAGUAAGCUCAACUGGAAAAUGCUUUCUGAAACACAUGGGACUUAAUGUGCCUGAGAACGCUGCCAGGUCACAGGGCCAUUUAGUAUGCUUGCAGAAGGGAUGCGAAAGGAUGGGAAAGGCUACGUAUUUACAGCCGCUACUGACUACUCAUCAUGGCUAGUUGCUUAAGUUAGUGUUUAGAGUGAAGUCAGAAAAUAAGGAGUGAAAGAUAAUCCCUGCUUUAGUUACUACCAUAGCAGAGGAAGAGAUUUUGGGAGGCUAUCUAUGGUCUUAUUUUAGCCUCAGAUCAGCUGUGCCUGCUGUACUACUGCAGGCCGAUGUUUAGAGACCUGCAGAGAUGAUUUUACAGGCUCUCUGAAUGGCGUACAGGUCUUUUUUAACUAGUUUGGCAAGCCUGAAGUCUUCUAAUACCUAACCUAAUCGGUAAACAUUGAAACAUUGAAAACAGGUUCUCCCUUUCCUCUCAAUGUAUGUGAACACCUCUGCCUGCCCUCUCUUUUCUCUUUAAGCCAGAGAACUCCUGACCCUUCUUCCUUCCCUUGUAGUUUGGGUUUUCAGAAUACUUUUUGCCUUUUGUCUCUCUCCUCUCAAUAUUUUUUAUUUGGUUUUCAGAUAUUCUGGAGUGUAGAUCUGAACACUGAGCAGGCUUUUCCAGUUUAAAUAAAAAUGGCUGGAUAGAAUAAAAUUAUUUUCUCAUUAUCUUAUUUAUGAUACUUGUACUUAUGCACCCCAGCAUCAGCAUAAUGCAAGACAGCCUAGCACUGCUUAUGAUCUGUAAUCUCUUUUCUGAAGAACUGUUCUUUUUAUCCUGGUACGUACUUGAGCAGUUGGUUAUUCCUUUGUAUGUGUAGAACCUUCUGGUUUUGCUUAUUCGGUGGCAUGUUGGUGUCUCCAAUCUGCCAAGAUACCUCUGAAUCUUAAUGCUGUGCUCCAGCACAGUUGGAGCCCUUCGUGUAGGCAGGUUCUCCAAAUGUGACUAAGUAUACUUUAGUCAUCAAAAAUGUUGAUCAAAGUACUGAAUAGUUCUGGAUCCAAGACAGAUCUCAGUGAAAUCCUGCUCAAUGUGUCCUUUCAGCUUGGGAGCACUAAUUAUUCCCAAAUAAUUUUGCACUCAUUUUAUGUACUUGUCUAGAUGAUAUUUUUUUCUCAGUUAAGAGCACAUUAUGUGAGACCCUAUGUUCCUCACUCAUUUUACCCUAUCCAUGAAGCCUGUUACCAUGUGAUAGAAGGAGACUAGAUUGAUCUGGUAUUAUCAUUGUUAUUAUUAUUAUUGACAAACCCUAUUGCUGCUACUUCUCAGACUUUUUACUUUCUAGAUUCUUGCAGAUGGUUGGAUUGGCUAUUAAAAUGCUUUUUUUAGUUUGUCUUUUGGAGUAGAAAUUCAGCUAACCAGCUGGUAGAGCUCUUUCCUUCCACCCUUUGAGCGAGAUGCAAUCCUUUUCAAGUUUUAUGAAACCUUAAUUCUCUCUUGAUUCUUGGAGACAGUCGGUGGCAGUUCUAACACUGCUUGAACCCUAACAGAGUUCUGUCAGGUCCAGUCUAUCCAAAAAACUUUAACUUCUCUAAGUAGUUCCUAGUCUAUUUCUUCAUUAUUCUUGCCUAAGCUCUUAGAUUUUCAUCAGUGGUGCUAGUAGUGAAAUCACAUCUGCCUUCUUACCAUAGUUCUUUCGGAAGCUGUCUGCAGGAGUGUCACACAAAUUUCCACAGUUGGAUUUUUUAGAAUACAUAAAAGUUAAGUAAGAGAUUUGCCUGGAAAAAGGAGGACACCUCUUACAGUGAAAUAGAAGAUAAAAGGUGAAUGUUCGCAUCAGACCCUUAGAUCUUUUUUAGAAUAACUUGCAUGAAUCAAGUUUGCUUGGAUUUUGCCGUUAAGAGAGUAAUAGUGAUCUCUUACAAAACAUGAGAUGCAGAGACAUGAACUAUAUCAAAUGCAUUGUUCUCUUUCACCUUUCCCCCUAUUUAGGUAUUUAGGAUCUGAUUAUGAAAUAAUAAAUGCAUCUCAUUUCUCAUUGGACUUGUAAAUAUUUAUUAUGAAAAUCAGGCCUUUCAUAUAAAAGCAAAUCACAUGUAGGAAAAAAGAAUGCAAAUUCAUGGGUUUUUUUAAAGAAAUACUGACUAUGAUGGCUUCACAUGAAACUUGCUGUAUGAGGCUCAGACUUUUAUUUGGUGAAUGUAUACUACAGCCUAAAGGAUGUUACCAGAUUCAUACUAAAAUCUGUUUGUUGUGAUCAGUUCCAUUUCAAAUGUUAGCAUAGAUAUGAAAUGAUGAUGAUCCAGA